CCGAGACUGGCUAGGGCGGUGGGCGGGCGUCACACAGGGCCGUUCCAGCGCGCCCGUGUGCCAACUGCGAGUUUUUCAAAGCCUUCAGUGGAUGAGGUCGUAAAGCGUUUUUCUUUCUCCCGCGAAACCCUGUGCGGAAGGUGGAAGCGCUAAAUCCUUACAGCGGAUCCAAGAAGCUAUGGACCCUGAAAAAGACUUUCAUCAUUCACCAGUUAGGAACAAGGAUUAUCAAAAAGUUUGCUCAUCACCUUCAGAUCCUGUGCAUUUUGAAGUGGAUGCUUCUCAUGAAAAAUUAGAAAGCAACUUGGAAGCGGAUGCCAGGAAUGUCAGCAGUCUUUGUCAAGACUUAACUCGCUCAGAUUCUCCCUUCUAUAUGGACACCAGCAGUACCAAUUCAGACUUGCCUCAGAAUGAAAUAAAGAAUGUAAAAAGGGAAGAUGAGUCUAAACUCACACUUGCUGAAGAAAUUUAUAGCACACUAGAUGACCGGUUAGGUGAUUUCAACAUUGGAAAUGACUCACAGAAUGUACUACCUCAACUAGUUGACCCCAGCAUUUCUUCCUUCAGACAAUUUGAACCCAUUUGCAAAUUUCAUCACACAGAAGCAUUUAGUAAUGAAAUGAUAACAUUUCAAAAUCUGAAAGAAGGCUUACCUUAUACAAUACAACCCGAAAUGCAAAUUCAUGUGUAUUAUUGUGCAAAAGACACUAAUAUAAAGGAAGAUUCAUUUAAGGAAGAAAAUUCACUGGGAACUAGCACUUCUACAAAUGAAGAGCAAUUUGCUCAUAAAUGUGUCAUACAACCUUCUAGAAGUCCACCUGUAGUCCACGGCAGUGGAGAGACAGUGAAAUUCAUGGAAAUGUCACUGGCUAAAAGUGCUGCCACGGAAUCUGCCCUCGAACCUAGUCAACCUCAGAGCUUCUGGUAUGAGGAAAAUGUACCCAGUGAUGUUGACAAACCGUUUUACAAAGAGAACGGCUUUAACCAGCUUGAUCUGAAAGCUAAUUAUGCAACAGAGAAGAUUUCAGUGUCUUCGAAAGGAAUCCAGAGUUUCGGGGAUAUUCCUGAGAUGUCAGUCAGUCACCAAAAGGAAGUCACAGUGGAGGACAUGGACAGACCAGGGACUGUCUCAUAUUGGUGUCCUGCAGUCAUUUCUUGGAGUAGUGGAGCAUCUCAGGAGGACAGCAAGGCACCUGACAUGGAGCAGAGUUUGGAGAGCUUACAACCUCUGGAAGAGGACAUGGCUUUAAAUGAAGUCUUACGGAAAUUAAAACAUACUAACAAAAGGCAGCAAACUCUGAUCCAAGACCUGCAGUGUAGUAACAAGUAUUUAGAGAAGAAGGUCGAAGAGCUCCAGAGGCAGACUACCAAGCAGCAGGUGUUCGUUGACAUAAAUAAGCUAAAGGAAAAGAUGGAAGAACUAAUUGAAGACAAAUACAGAGUGAUCCUAGAGAAGAAUGAUACCGAGAAGACACUGCAGAACUUGCACGAGGUUUUGACUAACACCCAAAAACAUCUCCAGGAAUCUAGGAAUGAAAAGGAAACCUUACAGCUCGAGCUUAAGAAGGUCAAGGACAAUUAUGUUCACCUACAGGAAAGGCACAUGACUGAAAUGCAACAGAAAGAUAAAACUGUAAGUCAGUGCAUGGAGAUGAACAGAACCUUAAGUAAGAAAGAAGAAGAGGUAGAGAGGCUGAAGCAGCUCAAAGGAGAAUUGGAAAAGGCCACCACUUCUGCUUUGGACUUGUUGAAAAGGGAAAAGAAGACCCGAGAGCACGAGUUCCUGUCUUUACGGGAGGAAUUUCAGAAACAUGAAGAGAAGAACCUGGAAGAACGACAGAAACUGAAAUCAAGACUGGAGAAACUGCUCACUCAAUUUAAUACUUUACAGUUCAUACCUGAGAACGAGAAGGGGAAGAAUGCCAAACUGAAGCAGCAGGUCAGUUCAGUAAAACAAGAAAAUGUGAGGCUACAGCAGCAGAUUGCAGGGAGCGAGGAGCAAAAUUAUGCCCCUCGGUUUGAGACGGCUCAUUUAAAGGAGGGCUCUGGGGAGGCAGUGGAGGCAGAUAUCACAAAGGAUGCAAAGAUGAUACAUUCUAAUUUGUUCCUGAAUUGCUCACCUUGUGAAGAAGAAAGCCUGAAUCCCCCAGAUGUGCAAAGAACCUCUCAGCUGGUCUCCAAACUUCACAGUCUUCUGGCUCUGGUCAUAGGACUUCUCACACGUCAGGACAUUACUACUACUGAUGCUGAAUAUUUCAAAGAUUGUGAGAAAAUCAGUGAUAUAAUGCUACAAAAACUGAAGCACUUCCAUCUUAAAAAGAAAAAUUUAGAUAAAAAGCUACUGAAACAUAAAGACAGAAUCACAGCUUUUAGAGAGUUGAUUACUAAUGAAAAAGCAUUUCAAGAUCGAGUUACUGAGGUUACAGGCUUUGAUUCAGAUGAAACCAAGAAUGUUGGAGAUGUACCUAUCUUACUGGGAGCCAAACGGAAUAAGUACCACAGUCUGAAUGAAGAGCUUGAUUGCUUGGUCUUUCAUAAUGUUAAAUUGGAGGAAGUUAUAAUUAUCACAAAAUUAGGAAAUCUUCUAGAGUCAAAAGAAGACCAUUGCAACAGACUCAUUGAAGAAAAUGACAAAUAUCAAAGAUACAUAGGCAACUUAAUAAAUAAGGUUACAUCAUAUGAAGAAAUUAUUGAAUGUGCUGACCAAAGGCUUGAGAUAUCCCACUCCCAUAUUGUACAUUUAGAAAAGAGAAAUAAACAUCUGGAAGAUUUAAUUAGGAGGCCCAGAGAGAAAGCAAGAAAAUCAAGACCAAGAAGAUUAGAAUAUCAUCCAAAGUCCUUGACCGUGCUGGCAACCAAACCAAGGAAGAUGAAACUCAACCACCCUUGUUCCUUGCCAUGUUCCUUAAUGAGAAAAAGGUUGAAACAAACAAAAAUAUUUAUUAAAAUAUAGUAUUGGUGUUAUCUGUGAAGUUUAUCCAUCUACAGGCUGUACUACUUUUCCAUAUGUAUAUAAGAAUUAGCUGUUUAUGCAGUAAGAAUUGUAUAUAUAAGAAUGCCAUAUGUAAUCAAGAAUCAGCUGUCCUGUCACUGAAUGCCUGUGUUUCCUAAAAACUUGAUACAUCUUUUUCCUUUCCUUUUUAGAUGCCAGAUAUUUUAGAAGGAAAUAGAAAUUAUUUAAAUUAAAUAUGAUUGAAGAUUAAACAUUAAUCAUUUUCAUCAACCAGUCCAGGAGCACAGUCAUUACUAAGUAUAGUAACCAGAUCAAUCAUACAAAUGAUACAUUAAAAUCUGUAUAAAAGAUGAAAUUAUACAUUCUAAAAAUUGUGAUUACUUUUCUUCUAAUUUAUUCCUGUGAACGACAAAACAUAUUUAACAUAAACAGAGGAACAAGUGGCUUCUUUUGCAAAUGUCUAUUUUCAUUCACACAAUAUCACUUCCAUAUUAUCAAGCCUUUAAUGACACAUAAAAACAAUAAUGUAUCUCAUUCCAACUUUUUGUUUCUGCCUGUAGGACAUUCUUUUUCUCUUCUGGCGGGCAAGCUCUUCCUACUACCAACCAAAUUUUAAGACACUAAUUCUGAAAUCCUUUGGAAUUAAAACACAGAUGAAAGGGGAGGACUGGUCCUUUGAGACCUAACUCGUAAUUUCUACUUUAACAUAGUUUUGAGGAAUUAGUUCUGAAUUUAAACAAAGGAACCAGAGACAGCUGAUUUUGUGAGAUAUAUCAGAAAAACAAAUGUGCCUACAUGCAUAUUAUCCUUUUGCUAAAUCCCAGAACCAGGAUGGAGGUGUAGCUGUUGAAUCAACUAUUGGAAGGGAGAAAUUAUUUUAGCUUGCUGAAAUUAGUUUUGCACUGAAAUUACUCAGGUAAGUACAAGAGAAGAAUAUAUGGAGAAUAUAUAUCUGCACUUGAAGGAAGUGCUGAAUAAAUAAAAGUUAUUAUUAUUGUUGUUAUUUUUGCUGAGGAAUUCUGUAAGACAGAUCUUAUGUGAAUUUUGAAACAGAAAUUUUAACUUCUCAAAUUCAAAAAGUUGCAAUACCAUUUAAGACAAAUGAUGAGAAAUGCACAGAAAAAUGCAGCUGUGACAGUGUUGUGUUUCAGAAAAUUAAGCAUUGAAAGUUUUGGAAAUGAUUCCAGUUUUAAAAAGAGAUAUUGUUUCCCUGGAGGAUCCCCUCCAGGGAAAAUUAAAAACGUGACAGGAGAAAGACAAAUAUUAACAUAAAGAUGGCUAAUGCAGUUCUGCAAUCUGUACACGAUUGUGAUGAAACUUUUGGAAAGGAGGGAUUAACAUAGGCUGUCUGCAAACAGGAGCGUGUGCCUAAGCACCACAUUUGCCAUGUAUGUUAUUAGACAUUUAUGAUAUUUUACCUGCAGGUUGUCUCAAAAUGAAUGUGCCUCCUUUGGUGCAUGACUGAAGGAUGCUGAGUCUAAGCCUGUACUUCUUUCAAUAAACAUUUAGUGACUUUCAA